UGAGGAGUUCCUCUGCCCUUCAUCAUCUCUGCGAUCUUCGUCAUGGCGUCAUUUGUGCUUAAAAGUGCGCGCGACGCUGCGUCUUCAUCUGCUCCUCUUCAUCAUUAGAGCAGGAGGUCCGGUCCGGGUCCGUCUGGAAGAUGGCUGGGCUCGGUUCGGCCCGGAGCAGACCCGCUCCCCUCUCCUCCGUCUUCAUCCUCCUGGUGCUCCUCUUCCUCCCGGGUUCUUCCUCCAGCCGGGAUGUGGUUCCACAACUCAACGAGACGUGGACAGGUCCGGUCCAGUCCACGCACGAUGAUCCGGAUCACCCGGACAACAACGGGGCCACGAACCACAGGAAGCUGUUCCCGGUUCUGGACCUGAACUACGAAUACGUCCGGAAACCGUUCGAGAUCUCCCUGUGGAUCCUGCUGGCUCUGCUCAUGAAGCUGGGUUUUCACGUCAUUCCACGAGUGUCGCACGUCGUCCCGGAGAGCUGCCUGCUGAUCUUCGUGGGCCUGCUGGUGGGCGGCGUCAUCAAAGCCAUGAAGGAGAAGGCCCCCAUCCUGGACUCGAAGCUCUUCUUCCUCUACCUGCUGCCCCCCAUCAUCCUGGACGCCGGGUACUUCCUGCCCAUCCGGCCCUUCACGGAGAACCUGGGCACCAUCCUGGUGUUCGCGGUGGUGGGGACGCUGUGGAACGCCUUCUUCAUCGGUGGGAUGAUGUUCGCCGUGUGUCAGAUCGACGGGGCCACUCAGUUCAACCAGGUGGGCCUGCUGUCCUGCCUUCUGUUCGGCUCCAUCAUCUCGGCCGUGGACCCCGUGGCGGUUCUGGCCGUGUUCGAGGAGAUCCACAUCAACGAGCUGCUGUACAUCCUGGUGUUUGGAGAAUCGCUCCUGAACGACGCCGUCACCGUGGUUCUGUACCACCUGUUCGAGGAGUUCUCCCACGCAGGAACCGUGACGGUCGGAGACGCGCUCCUCGGCGUCGUCUCCUUCUUCGUGGUUUCGCUUGGAGGCAUCAUGGUGGGCGUCGUCUAUGGCAUCUUGGGCGCCUUCACGUCCCGUUUCACGCUGCACUCCCGCGUCAUCGAGCCGCUCUUCGUCUUCCUCUACAGCUACAUGGCGUACCUGUCUGCAGAAGUCUUCCACCUGUCGGGGAUCAUGUCUCUGAUCGCCUGCGGUGUGGUCAUGAGGCCGUACGUGGAGGCCAACAUCUCCCACAAGUCCUACACCACCAUCAAGUACUUCCUGAAGAUGUGGAGCAGCGUGAGCGAGACCCUCAUCUUCAUCUUCCUCGGAGUGUCCACAGUGGAGGGACCUCACAACUGGAACUGGAUCUUUGUGGUCUUCACCCUGGUCCUCUGUCUCGUGUCCAGAGUGUUGGGAGUCGUCGGGCUCACCUUCAUCAUUAACAAGUUUCGUAUCGUGAAACUGACCAAAAAGGACCAGUUCAUCGUGGCCUACGGUGGCCUGCGAGGCGCCAUCGCCUUCUCUCUGGGGUUCCUGCUGCCCGACGACGACACGAAGCACAUGUUCCUCACCGCCAUCAUCACCGUCAUCUUCUUCACCGUGUUUGUGCAGGGGAUGACCAUCCGGCCUCUGGUGGAUCUCCUGGCGGUGAAGAGGAAGAAGGAAACCAAGCGGUCGAUCAACGAGGAGAUUCACACUCAGUUCCUGGAUCAUCUCCUGACGGGAAUCGAAGACAUCUGUGGACAUUAUGGACAUCAUCACUGGAAGGACAAGUUGAACCGCUUCAACAAGACCUACGUGAAGAAGUGGCUCAUCGCCGGCGAGCGCUCCAGCGAGCCGCAGCUCAUCUCCUUCUACAACAAGCUGGAGAGGAAGCAGGCGCUGAUGCUGGUGGAGAGCGGGAGCUCCGCCCGGCUGCCCUCCAUCGUCUCCAUGCAAAACGUUCAGCAGACGGAACCGGCCCAGCGGCGAGCGAUCCCGAGCAUCUCAAAGACCCGCGAGGAGGAGAUUCGAAAGAUCCUGCGGGCCAACCUGCAGAAGACCCGGCAGAGGCUGCGCUCGUACAGCCGGCACGACCUGUUCGACCCGUUUGAGGACGACAUGAGCGAGGUCCGGUUCAGGAGGCAGCGGGUGGAGAUGGAGAGGAGGAUGAGUCACUACCUGACGGUUCCGGCGAAGCGGCAGGAGACGACAUCUGUGAGGAAAGUCUGGUUCGAACCAGAGCACAAAGUCUUCACGUAUGACGAUGGCGAGAGCCCCGGGGGCGGAGCUGCACGGCAGAAGCCCCGCCCUCCCGACACAGUCGGCCUGCUGGACGAGGUCCCUCAGGGGACGAAUCAGAGCGCGGCGCCGCGAGGCAAAGGGGAGGAGCCAGAGAAGCUGAAGCCGUCGCGCUGCCUCAGCGACCCCGGGCCCAACGUGGAGGAGGAAGAGGAGAAGGGGGGCGACUCGUUCCUGUCGUGAUGAAGCACAACAGUUUCCUGUCGUGACGCGACUCGUUCCCGUCGUGUCCCGUCUGUCAGGGGUUCAGGGCACAUCUGUCUUCCAGCUGCUGAGUCGGCUGUUACAAACAUGAACUUGUUUAUUUAUUGUCACGGACUGAAGGUCGUUCAUUUCUCCGUGAGGAGCUGACGUGGAGCUGGUUUUCCCUCGAAGAGCAGAAAGACUCGACAGACAAACGAGUCACAGCUCCACGCCCGCUGCUCCUCAGCGUUUCCUCAGGGACUGAACGAAGCUCAUCCAACGCCGCUGCUUCCUGUCGGCCACGAGCUUCAGCGGCCGUGACUCGACUGCGAGCGUCCGUCUGCAGGCGGAGCUGAAGGAACGCUUUAAUACGUGAAAUAAAGUUCUGUGAACGCCA